CGCGGUGUUGUCACUUGUAGCCUCUGCUGACCAUGGGGUUGUAACAUGCUCCUUCUCUGCCCUCCAGGACGGGCAGUAGGAUCGUGUCCUGCGGUUUCCUCUUGCCCCUGUGGGAACAGACCCCGGGACCAGGUUCCCUGAUAGACAGUCCCCUGUACCCCUGGCUGAUUCCCGACCCACCUAGGUCAGUCAGUAUCAGCUGUGCCCUCCACCACACUCCAGCAAAGCCCCAAGUCAACAGAGUUUGGACACCAAAGGCCUUGUGGCUCUGGCCAGCCUCUCCUGCCUCGAGCCUCUGUCCUGAUCAUGGACCCAGAAUGCUCCAGGCUCCUCCCGGCGUUGUGUGCCGUUCUGGCAGACCCCAGGCAGCCAGUGGCAGAUGACACCUGCUUGGAGAAACUGCUGGACUGGUUUAAAACAGUGACAGAGACAGAGUCCAGCCUUCAACUUCUGCAAGACCACCCCUGCCUGGUGGAGCUGCUGUCCCACGUGCUGAAGCCACAGGAUGUCAGCCCCAGGGUGCUGUCCUUUGCCCUGCGCCUGGCAGGGGCCUUUGCAGCCCAGGAGGACUGCUUCCAGUACCUCCAGCAGGGGGACUUGUUGCUAGGACUCUUUGGGGAGGCAGGUGCCCUUGGUUGGUCAGCAUGGAGUAUACCCAGUGUGCGCAGUGGCUGGAUCCAGGGUCUUUGUGCCCUGGCACAUCACCCCAGUGCUUUGCACUUCCUGGCCGACAGUGGUGCAGUGGAUACGGUUUUCUCCCUGCAGGGAGACCCAAGCCUGUUUGUGGCCUCAGCAGCCAGCCAGCUCCUGGUAUACAUCCUGGCUCUGUCCAUGCAAGGCAGGGAUGCAGGGUCCCCCAUCCCAGAGGUUGCUGCCUGGCCUGUCUGUGCCCAGAAGAUUGUGAGCCACGUGCAGGAAUCCUUACAUUCCACAGCUGCCCCACAGGUCACCCAGGCUUUGAACGUGCUGACCACUACAUUCGGGCGCUGCCGCAGCCCCUGGAUGGAAGUCCUCUGGGGGCAGCUGAGUCCCCUUGUGGCCAGCCUGCUCAAGAGAGACCCCAUUCCAGCUGCACACUCACUUGUGGACCUUCUCCUCAGCGUGGCCCGGUUAGGUUCCUGGGAUGCAGCAGGCUGGAGGGGCUGGGAGUCUCCUGUGUUAAGUUCUGCAGCCUGUGGCCCGUGGGAGAUUCUGGCCCAGACUCUGCACCGCCUGAGCCCCACACAAGCUGGUCCUCUGGCCCUGGGGACCCUGAAACUCCAACGCUGUCCACAGGAGCUGAGGACCCAGGCCUUCGGCAUCCUUCUCCAGCCCCUGGCCUGCAUCCUGAAAGCUACUGCUCAGGCCCCUGGACCUCCAGGGAAAUCAUAUCAUUUGGCCUCAGGCUUGCUGGAUGGGACUGCAGGUGGCUCGAUGACAGUGGACACACUCCUGUCAUCUAAGUCAGCCUGUGUGGGGCUCCUGUGCCAGACCCUGGCUCAUCUGGAGGAGUUGCAGACGCUGCCCCAGUGUCCCUCACCCUGGCCCCAGGAACCCCUUCUGGAUGCUGCAGUGAUCAUACUGCGCCUCUGUGAUGGCUCGGCAGACCCCAGUUCCAGUGGGGCUGGCCGGCUCUGUGGGACCCUGGCAGGCUGCAUUCGAGUCCAGCGAGCAGCCCUUGACUUCUUGGGGACACUGUCUCAGGGGAUGAGCCCCCAGGAGUCGAUGCUGCAGGUAUUCGCAAUCCUCUUGAAGAACCUCGAGAGCCCAGAGUCCAGCCCCACGGUCCUGAAGAAGGCCUUCCAAGCCACGCUUAGAUGGCUUCAGAGCUCAGUCAAGACCUCAGGCUGCUCUGACCUCAGCCCGGAUGCCUUGCUGUUCCUUGGAGAGCUGUUCCCAGUACUGCAGAAGCGCCUAUGUAGCCCCUGCUGGGAGGUGAGAGACUCGGCCCUAGAGUUCCUGACACAUCUGAGCCAACACUGGGGAGGGCAGGCUGACUUCAGAGAAGAACUACAAUCUUCAGAGGUGCCUAUGCUUGCCUGCCAGCUCCUCCAAGACCCUGAGAGUUACGUCCGAGCAAGUGCAGUGGCUGCCACUGGGCAGCUCUUUAGUCGGGGCCUACAGGCCACUCCCACCAGCUCCGAGAACCUACAGGCUCAGCAGGGUCUGCUUAUGGACCUCAUGUACAUCCUGUCCACGGACUCAGAGGGCUUCCCACGGAGGGCUGUCCUACAGGUUUUCACCCAGUGGCUGAGGGAUGGCCAUGCUGAUGUGGCCCGGGACACCGAGUGGUUUGUGACCACUGUGCUCCAGGCAGUGAGCCGAGAUCUAGACUGGGAGGUCCGAGUACAGGGCCUGGAGCUGGUGCAGGUAUUCCUCACCCAGACACUGGGGCGGUUCAGACCCCGCUGUCCCUAUGCAGUGACUCUGCCAGAGGCCACCUCACCUACCCCACACCCUGAGUUCUUGCGGACUCUAUGCCGUCUGCCACUCUUUGAGUUUGUCUUUCGUGCCUUAUUCGACUGUGAUCGACCUGUGGCCCAAAAGGCCUGUGAUCUCCUCCUCUUUCUGAGGGAUGAGACAGCUCCCUCUAGUGGCCCCCAGGAGACCAGGGAUGGCCCCAACUCAGCCUCAGUGGAGGUUGCCCUGCAAAGAUGGCAGGAGGGAGAGCAGGGCCAGCCCUUGGGGGACUUGGAGCCUGAGGCCAUGUUGGCCCUCCUGAGAUCCCUAGACCUGGAGGGCUUGCAGGGCAAGCUGGCCAAGAGCAGCGACCAUAUAGAGAAGAGCCCCCAGUCCCUCCUGCAGGACAUGCUGGCCACAGUGGGCAUGCUGGAGGAGAAUGAAGCUGACUGCUACUGAGGCCGUACCCUGUCCCAGCCCUUGCCUUCAGGAGGACUCCAUCCCAGGCCAGUUGCUCAAGAGACCCUCCAGAGAGUGGAUUAAAAAAAUGUCCCAUGUUUUGCCAGGCAUGAUAGGGCACAUCUUCAAUCCCAGCACUUGGGAGGCAGUGGCAGGCUGAUCUCCAUGAGAUUGAGGCUAGCCUGGUCUACAUAGUGAGUUCCAGGUCCGCUGGGGCUACAGGGAGACCCUGUCUCAACAAAACCA